GUGGGCUGAAGCAUGCGAUAUUAGUAGUUCUUCCUUUAGUGAAGGUCUUGCACUUGGUUGAUGGUGAUUAGCCCUCCAUGGGCUUUAUAUAUGAUGCAAUAAAAAGGGCUAAGAAUGAGGUUGCAGAGAAUUUGGGCGAUGAUGCAGCGAAGUAUGUUCCAAUUUGGGAGAUUAUAGAUGAUAAAUGGGAUAGACAGCUCCAUAGACUAUUGCAUGCAGCGGGGUCCUACUUGAACCCCAAAUUCUUUUAUGCAGGUGCAGAUAUUGAGUCAAAAGGGGUAAUUAUGGAUGGUUUUAAUGAGUGCAUUGAGAAAUUGGUUCCUGAUCCAAAUAUCCAAGAUAAGAUAUCGACUGAAGAGCUAAUUUCGCACAAGUGUUCUUUGAUGUCAUUUGGAAAAGAUAUGGCAUUAAGGCAGAGAAACAAAGGCGAACCAGCACAAUGGUAGAGACAACAUAGGAGUAGCGCUCCAAACCUUUAUGGCUAUGCAGAUCUUGAGUUUGACUACUACCUCUUCUGGUUGUGAGCGCAAUUGGAGUUCGUUUGAGAUGGUGCAUACAAAGUGAAGAAAUAGGCUCGAGCAAAGGAAGCUUAAUGACUUGGUUUUUGUUAGAGAGAAUCAAAGGCUUAAGGAGAAGAAAAACCAGCCAAAGAAGGAUCCUAUCUCUUCGAAAGACAUGGAGAAUGCUUCAGAUUGGCUAGUUAGUGACCCUAGUACUGAGGAGGUCUUCCCUGGGGAGGGUUUGACAUGGGAAAUGGUCGAGGAGGCUUCAGGGCAACCUUCUGAUCCUAGGAGGGUUACUCGAGCAACUUCUUCUGCUGGUACUUCACGGACGGAGAUAGAGGAAGAGGAGGCAGAUUCAGAAGAAUCUCAGGAAGAAGAGGAAUAUGUUGAAGAGGGGAGGUUGAAGAGUUGGCUGAUAUGGAUUGGGAUAACCUUGUUUAUGGGAUUACCCCAACAGAUUACAUGUAUGUAAUGAAAUGUGCUAAAGGUGGACAGUUUACUAGUGGUGAAUUGCAGCCCUAUGGGGAGAUUGGAUUGAGUCCGUCUGCUGGAGUCUUGAACUAUGGACAGGGUUUGUUUGAAGGUCUAAAAGCAUAUAGGAAAAAAGAUUGUGAUGUGGUUCUCUUUCGUCCAGAAGAGAAUGGUUUAAGAAUGCAGAGGGGUGCUGAGCGUAUGUGUAUGCCAUCACCUUCAGUAGAGCAGUUUGUGGAUGCUGUUCAGGAAACAGUUUGGGCUAAUCGACGCUGGGUUCCUCCAUUUGGAAAAGGUUCUCUAUAUAUUCGUCCCUUACUUUUUGGAAGCGGGUCCAUUCUGGGCCUUGCACCCGCUCCCGAGUACACAUUUCUUGUAUUUGUAUCGCCAGUUGGGAAUUACUUUAAGGAAGGUUUGGCUCCGAUAAGCUUGUUGGUUGAUACUGAUUUUCAUCGUGCCACUCGAGGUGGGACUGGUGGUGUAAAGACAAUAGGAAACUAUGCAGCAGUUUUGAAGGCACAGGCACGGGCAAAAUCCGAAAAGUACACUGAGGUUUUGUACUUAGAUUCUGUUCACAAAAAGUAUUUGGAGGAAAUUUCAGCUGCUAACAUUUUUCUCGUGAAGGGGAAAACAAUUUCAACUCCGCCAAUAAAAGGGACCAUUUUGCCAGGAAUUACGCGGUUGAGUAUUAUUGAUGUUGCUCGAAAUGAAGGAUACAAGGUUGAGGAGCGGCCUAUACCGGUGGAGGAGUUGUUUGAAGCCGAUGAGGUUUUCUGCACAGGUUGUGCAGUCGUCGUAUCUCCAGUUGGAAGUAUCACAUAUGAGGGGAAAAAGAUGCAAUAUGGAAAUGGUGGAGUUGGUAAGGUAUCUCAGCAACUAUAUUCUGCAGUCACGGGUAUCCAGUGGGGACUCACGGAGGACAACUUCGGGUGGGUUGUUGACGUCAAAAGGUAUAUUGCCGAGAAGACAAAUGUGCUUUAGGGAGAUUAUUAUAUGAAUGAAUAUAUGGAGCAAGAAACAUAUAAAAUAGAUAAGACUUUCUUUGGUUGGGAUACUAGCAAGCAUUUUAUUGGGGUUUGAUUUCUGUUUGAAUGUUGUAAGAAGAGCAUUUUCUGGACGGUUUGGUUUUUCAAUCUUGAUUUGUCUACAAUCAGAGUGAUUCUCCGUGGUUCCAAUUCCAUGAUACAGGAUCUAA